GAGAGAGAGAGAGGUGGGCGGACUCAUGUAUUGCUCACACGGCCGCGCGCACCCAUAGGACACAUUUACGCACGGACACACAGAAGGGUGCCUACAUCGAAACACGCACGCACACGGGCGUGCUCACUUUACCCCAACUCACUCACACAGACAUGAUGAAACGCGCACACACACGCACGUUGUCGCCAGUGGAGACGCGCGGGCCACCGUGGACUGUGGUAUAAAACAGAAGCGCCAGAUUCUCACAAAACUCUAUGUAAAAGGAUUGGCGCGUGAGAGAGGAGAGGAGACGAACCAGACAUGAAUAGAGCUACUAAAACCCACAUGACCUCCCCCAUGUUUUUCCCUGGCCUGGGUAUGGCUCCUUUUUUCAAGGUGACUGUGUUUGAGCAGGAACACUUCCAGGGCAAGUGCCAGGAGUUUACCUCUGAGUGCUGUAACAUCCAGGACUGUGGUCUGGACAACAUCCGCUCUAUCAGAGUGGAGAGUGGAGCCUGGGUGGGCUUUGAGCACCAUGACUUCCAGGGCCAGCAGUUCAUCCUGGAGAGAGGAGAGUACCCCCACUGGGACGCCUACAGCGGCUCCCUGUCCUACCACGUGGAGCGCCUCAUGUCCCUGCGCCCCAUCUACUGCGCUUCCCACCAGAGCAGUCGUAUGCAGAUCUUUGAGACAGAGAACUUCAUGGGCCGCAGCGUUGAGCUGUGUGAUGAUUACCCCUCUCUGAGGGCCAUGGGCUGGUGCAUGCCUGAGGUCGGAUCCAUGCACGUUCAGUGUGGCGCCUUUGUGUGCUACCAGUUCCCCGGCUACAGGGGCCAGCAGUACAUCAUGGAGUGUGAGAGACACAGUGGAGACUACCAGCACUGGAAGAACUGGGGCUCCCACUGCCAGACCCCCCAGAUCCAGUCUAUCCGCCGUAUCCAGCACUAACCGGGCCCAGAGCGGACGGUACCCCUAACAGAGCCUCAGGCUUCGGCCUAGGGCUGGGUCUAACUGGGGCCUUGUCACAGCACGGCCACCACAAACACAGUCAGUCAGAAGCAUCCCACCGUUUCUACUAACAUAUGUCAACUCCGUCACUGACUUCCUCAGACACUCUGGUUGAUAACACAACAGGGUAUCAGUCCUACGAGAGGCGACUCGUAUGUCAACGCCGUAACAUCAACGUGAGACGAGUUAAGUCAUCACCGUAACACGUUAUAGAGGACCGUUAUAGUGUAAUAACGGUCUAGCAGGUUGUAGUAUAUAUCACAGAUAUAUAUCAGGGACUUUGGUUCACCAGCACCAAUAACAGCAAUAGACAGUAGUGGUGAGAGAGGAGGGAGAUCAUCACUGACCAAUAAACUCAUGCUCACCUCAAA